CCAGGCCAUGCAGUGCUAGUAUUGCAUUUUCAAUUAGCUUCUGAGUGAAUGCUUGGCAUAUGUAGAAGGGAGCGGGUACACAAUUAGCUUAUUGUUCCUUUCAGCUUUGUGCUGAGAGGAUCUGAAGGACUGGAGAAGAGAGGGGAGGGGAAAAAAAAAAAGAAAAGAAAAGAAAAGUCAAGCCAGCGGCAUCUCUGUGGAUGUGAAAUAAGGGAGUUGCUCAGCUCAUAGAGAUUCACUUGCUAAGUCGGGAAUUACAGCUGUUCCUGAGGAGCGCUCAGCGUGGCUUUAGGGAGGGCGCCGGGGGAGCACAGCGCAAGCCUCCGUCUGCAGGAGCUCCGGGCUCUUCUCUCUCCCGAUCCACCUCGGCAGCGCGAUGGAGCCCAACAGUCCUAAAAAGAUACAGUUUGCCGUGCCGCCAUUUCAGAGCCAAAUAGACCCCGAGGCAGCCGAACAGAUCAGGAAAAGAAGGCCUACCCCAGCAUCACUCGUCAUCAUGAAUGAACAUGUGCCCCCAGAAAAAGAUGAGAAGAGAACAAACAUCUCACAAGGAGAAUCACAGAGCGCCUCCCCGAAGCAGAGGAAGCAGAGCGUCUACACGCCGCCUCCCAUCAAAGGGAUUAAGCACCUGAAAAGUCAGAGUGAUACAGCAUUUCCGGAGGAGGAAGAGGGAGUUAGUGAAAGAGAAGAGGAAUGGGGCCAUUAAGUUGCAUCGAGCUUCCUCGUGAGUGGUUGCUGAGGCCACGGGGACUGCUAACCUCGGCGCACCCGAGGCGGCACGGCACGGCACGGCACGGCACGGCUCACGCGCCUGACCUAGCCUGCGCCUCGGCAUUCAACGCGCGCAGUCGGGGGCUCUCGGGGGAGCGCUCCUUGACUGGAUUUUACAGCCAUUUGCAAAUUUGUUCUGUGAUCCCUAUACCUGAAGAUAAACAGUUAUUUUAAAGUCAUUUUUCUUCCAUUUUGUAUGACUUAGAAAUGUAAUUUGCAAACGUGUUAGUGAUCUGACAACAGUACUGCCAGAGCUUAUCUACUGAGUGUGAGCUGUAUUCUAAGACCUACUGUAAAUAAAACCAAUUUAAAAGCUACGAAAUAAAUACUACGUUCAUUUAGACAUAAA